AUGUCGCAAAAGGCGACGGCAGCGCUCAAAGAAUUGCUGUCAAACGGCAUAGAUGCAAUGCAGACAGUUGCGGAGCAUAUUCCGGAUUAUGCAUGGUUGUUUGAAGAAGAAGCAUCCGGAAAGCGGUUGGUUGUUGCCAGUUUUCUGAAGUGUGCAAGAGAGCGUGCGGCGGCCAGUGAUGCUGAGACUGUCAAGUCGGAACGGAAAGAAGCUGCGCCAAAGCCGCAACCGAAAAAGAUGCCAGCGCAAGUCAAGGAGGAUUUGCCGAGAAAACUUGAAGAAGAGAAAGUGAAAGCUGAAAAGAAGGUCAAUGAAAAGUGGCUCAAGAAGGAUUACUCCAAGGACUACCCGGAGUACAAUCAAAGCUGGGGAAAAGAAACGCAGCGCUUUUGGUGCAAAAGGCCUGGACACAAGGCGCAGGACUGCCGUGAGAUGAAGGCAGAGGCUAAGGCCACCGGGGACGCAGAAGUCCGGAAGAGGAGUGAGUUUCGCCAGCUGAAGGACGUCCACGAAGCGAAGAAAGGAGCAAGGAAGGUGAAGAAGAAGCUCAUAAGGUCUGAGAUGUCUGAGUGGACGUAUUGCGGUUGGGCCAUGGAUGCUCUCCCGCUGCCAGGCAAUUCUGCUGGGUCGUCCCGACUGCUCCUGAUGCCAGACGGUUCCUCCAAUGACUUGCUCGUACCUUCGACAGAUGAGGAGGAGCUCAUGGAGUCGCACCGGAGGGCUUCCAGGUGUGUCUGCGCAGUGGGCACUGCGAGUCUCCUUCUGAUGGCGUGCUUCUUCGUGCCACAGAGCGCCCUGAUGCCUUUCGGUUUCAACUCGGGGCUGAUCUCUCUUCAGGAUGUUCGGAUACCGAGCCUGCCUGCGAGCCCCGUGGACGACCUGAAGGAUAAGAUUUCCAGCUUGCGGCUGAGGUAUGGCUUUGAUGGCCAGCGGCGGGAUGAGAUCGCGCUCUGCAUCAUCAACCUGAACCUGGGCUUCUGGAAGCUGGUGCAGUGGUCCACCAUCCUCACAGAAGCGACCAACAACUGUCCGGCAGGCUUCCAUGAUCCCGACAAGAAGCUGGCUUGCCAAAUCAACAUGGCAGCAGUGUUUGCGCCGCUAUCUGCGAGCAUUGGCCUGUUCUCCAGCACGGCUUUCCUUUGCCCAGGCAAGAUGAACCCGGAUGCCGCCUGUGCUUCUGUUUUCGGUGCCACCUUCGAGGCCGCUGCGAAAUUCGCCGCCUCGCCUGCCCAGAUCUCGCUUUUCUGCCCCAAGGCCGUGGCCCAGCGAGACUUCGUGGAGGGUCACCAGACGGUGUUUCAGAACGAGAGGCGCUUGGGUAACAGCUCCCGUGGUCCGCCGACGGAGGCCGAGGCUCGGAAACUUUACGUGGUCCUUCGGAAUGCGACGGAGCCAGAUUCAACGAAGCUGAAGAACACUUUCUGUGCGUGGCAGAUUGCCCAGAGCGUUCUUUUUGCGAUGCGGGCCGGCCCCCUCAUCGAGAUCUCCACGAAGCUCUGCCCGCCUCCGAGGGGUGGAGAGGCGGCCUGUUCCCAGAUAAUCAAUGAAAUCAUGCUCAUGUUCUGGAACGUCGGCAAGUUCAUUGCUGCAGCUGCAACGAACUGCAUCAGCGGGCUGAAUGUGGCGGCCGGGUGUGCCCUUGGCAGCCUCAACCUCGUCUCUGCCUUCUCUGCCACGGGCAGCGUGACAUCUGCUCUUGUGAUGGGCGUCUGCACCGACCUUCAAGGCCGCAAGAGGAAUAUCACCGAGCAGCGGAUCAACCGAAAGAUCCAGAAGAUCAAGCUCCUCCAAAGCAUCUCCUUGCGGCGCCUGCUGCGGGAGAAGAAGCUGACCGGCUCGGCGGCCCAGGAAGCCGAAGCCUUGGUAGCCCUGCGCGACCCGGGCAGCAACGCCACGAUGCCGGAGCUGCUAAAGUCCAUCGGCUUGCACGCUGAGCAUGCGAAGCAUCCGCGCGAGUUGGUCCUUUCGCAUCUCCGAAGCCUGAAGCCAAGCCGCUUGGAGGAGUCUGAGAUGCGGGAGAUGUUCGCAACGGCCCGUGCCCUGAUCGCCAAGCACGACUCGUCCUGGCCUGUGUCCGCUUUCCAUGGCUCAUAA